GUUUUUGAAGUGAAACCGGAAGUGUUCAUUCUGAUGUGUUUGUUGUUGUUUCGCAGUGUGACGCCCCCAAGCGUGCCAGCAAAACAGGAGAAGUGUUACGACCCUCAUGACAAAACACUUAAAUUUGUCGAUGGAGAGGAUGAUUUGGACUUCUUGUGUGAAGGUUUCAAAUCUCCCAGAGCUCAGAUGUCCUGUGGUCACGCUGUGACCCCGACCUCUCUCACCAACUGGUGUCGCAGGUUGAUGGACCAGGGUGAAAGCAGGUUUGUGUGUGGUGCGUCUGGUUGUAAUGUCGAGUGGACUUUUGCAGAGGUUUUUAAAAUGGCUCUGCUGACCCCUCAAGAAAAUGCAUAUUUUAGAAGAACCAUGGCGUUCAAUGCUGCCAGGCAGACACAUACGACUAAGAUGUGUCCUGGAUGUGGAUCUGCUGUGACGAGAGAGAAUGGAUCAGAUUUGAAUGUCCUCUGUAAAGUGUGCACAGCAGUAAAAGGACGGCCGUUUGAAUUCUGCUGGCAGUGUUUGAGGGAGUGGAAGGGUGCACGGCCUCGGAAAGACCGCUGUGGAAAUCGCGGCUGCUGCAACCAGUCAUUAGAGACACUAAAUAAAUGCCCAACUAUUACCUUUGGUUCAGUGAAGGAGUGCCCCUCUGUCCGUGCCUGUCCCACCUGUGGGUUACUGUUGGAGCACAGCAAGAUGUAUUGUAAAUCGGUUCGUUGCCCUCAAUGCAAUGUGACAUUUUGUUUUGUAUGUCUGAAGAGUAUGUGUAUGAUAGCCAGGUGCAUUCCUGCCCCCAGACAGACCUCUAUACCUGUCUGGCAGAAGAAAUAAUGGGAAAGACACAAAGCUGUUAAGUUUCACUUUCUUUAAAUUAAGAGUGUCUUUUCUAAGUCAACUGACCAUGCUGUGUUUUUUAAUUCUCUGCUUUA